GGCUUUGCCAAGCGCCCCCGGCCAGGGAGAGCGGCGCAGCGGAGCCGGCGCCCCAGAAGCCGAGGGGUUACACACGUCUACGUAGAGAGGCGCACCGGACACGGUAAUUAGGAGCAAUUCACACGCUCUCGGGCGCACGGAAACUACUUGUCACGAUGUUUUCAACGCUCCUCCUCACCCACUUUCCUCCACUCCUUCCCUGGCGCGCCCCCUCCCCUUCCCGAGGCACACAGUGGAGCUUUUGGAGUUUCGAAUCUUUCGGACUCUGCAGAAUGCGGGGCUCCCCGGGCGCGGGCCCGGCCAAUCAGAGCGUCGUCUGCCUCCCCUGGCCAAUGGCAGGCGCCACAUUGUUGUCCAAUUCUGUCUAAUGGAGCCCUAAGGAGCAACAAUAGAGCGGGCGAGCGGCUCAUUGAGAGUCUGGCAGCGCCGGGCAAGUGGGCCCCGGCUGCGCGCAUCGUCCCGCGCGCACCGCGAGGGGACGCAGCACUGCGAGAGCCGGGUCGCGGUUCCAACCAGCCGGCCCCUAGACUGGCCUCCGGCUCCGAAUUUCUGACGGGAGGGUUGGACUGCGCUGCGUUCUGAGGGGGUCCGGAAGUUCGGACAUGGUGACUGAAAGAGGGUGACGUGGUCAGAUAAGGGGCCGGGGGCAAGGGGAAGAGGCCAAGAGCGCCAGAGUCGCCAGCGGAGCUGGGAGGCGUGUGCGGCGCCAGCCGAGGAGGAGGAUUCCGGAGCCCAAGGCAGCGGAACCACUGAUUCAAACGAAAUCUUACACCUGGCGCAUAUCAGAUAUAAGAGCAGCUGUGGUGGGACUGGGGUGGAGGAGCUCGGACUCACGAGGAGGUUCCGAUUGCACCUUCUCCCAACAAUUUGGCAACCGCUAGCCAAACUUCUGCGGCCAAAAUUUCUAAGUGUGGGUUCUUCGAGGCUGCGCUUUAGCCGAGCGCACGGUGUGCCCCUCACCCGGUCUCUCCCCCUUUCCCACCUUCCACGUCAGGUCCUGCCAUGGAGCUGCGCUCCGAGCUGCCCAGCGUGCCUGGCGCGGCGACAGCGGCGGCGACAGCGACGGGGCCGCCUGUGGCGUCAGUGGCGUCGGUGGCGGCGGCCGCCGCAGCGGCUGCGUCGCUACCAGUGAGCGUGGCGGGCGGCUUGCUGAGGGCCCCGCCGCUGCUGUUGCGGGCGGCCGAGAAGUACCCGCGGACUCCGAAGUGCGCGCGCUGCCGCAACCAUGGCGUUGUGUCGGCGCUCAAGGGCCACAAGCGCUACUGUCGCUGGAAGGACUGCCUGUGCGCCAAGUGCACGCUCAUCGCGGAGCGCCAGCGCGUCAUGGCGGCGCAGGUGGCGCUGCGCAGGCAGCAGGCGCAGGAGGAGAACGAGGCGCGCGAGCUGCAGCUGCUCUACGGCACUGCCGAGGGCCUGGCGCUGGCGGCCGCGAACGGCAUCAUCCCACCACGGCCAGCCUACGAGGUCUUUGGCUCUGUGUGCGCCGCUGACGGCGGGGGCCCGGGAGCCGGAGCGCCCGCGGGGACCGGAGGCAGCGCAGCGGGCGCAGGGGGCGCAGAGGCCAAGUUGCAGAAGUUUGACCUGUUCCCCAAGACGCUGCUCCAGGCAGGCCGCACGGGCAGCCCGCAGCCGCCUCCCGUGAAGCCCUUAUCACCCGACGGCGCAGAUUCGGGUCCCGGGACGUCGUCCCCGGAGGUGCGGCCCGGCUCAGGCUCAGAGAAUGGCGACGGCGAGUCCUUUUCGGGGUCGCCCCUGGCCCGGGCCUCAAAGGAGGCAGGUGGCAGCUGCCCAGGCAGUGCUGGGCCUGGAGGUGGCGGAGGCGAGGAGGACAGCCCGGGCUCCGCUAGCCCUCUGGGCUCUGAAUCCGGUUCGGAGGCUGACAAAGAAGAGGCUGAGGCCGCGCCGGCGCCAGGGCUAGGCGGAGGCCCGGGUCAACGGCAGCGGACGCCGCUGGACAUCUUGACGCGCGUCUUCCCAGGCCACCGGCGAGGCGUCCUGGAGCUGGUGUUGCAGGGCUGCGGCGGCGACGUGGUGCAGGCUAUAGAGCAGGUGCUGAACCACCACCGCGGAGGCCUGGCGGCCGGCCUGGGCCCUGCCACGACCCCGGAUAAGGCUGCCGUGGGUGCAGCAGCAGCUGCCGAGGACGCGUGGCCGGGCCGGGUCGAAGCCGCCGCCGCAGGGGGCCCGGGGCUGCCCGCGCCGCUGCAGGCUGGGCCCGCCGCGCCCCCGCACCACAGACCCUUGCUGGCGGGCGCCAUGGCGCCGGGGGCGCUGGGCUCCCUGAGCAGCCGCUCGGCCUUCUCGCCACUGCAGCCCAACGCCAGUCACUUCGGCGCGGAUGCAGGCGCCUACCCACUGGGCGCGCCGCUCGGCCUCAGCCCGCUGCGCCUGGCCUACUCCGCGGCGGCGGCGCACAGCCGCGGCCUGGCCUUCAUGGCGCCCUACUCCACCGCCGGCCUGGUGCCCACGCUCGGCUUCCGCCCGCCCAUGGACUACGCCUUCAGCGAUCUCAUGCGCGACCGCUCGGCCGCUGCCGCCGCGGCGGUGCACAAGGAGCCGGCCUACGGCGGCGGCCUGUACGGGCCUAUGGUCAAUGGCGCCCCUGAGAAGCAGUAAGGCGAGGGGCCUGGCAGCCGGGCGGCCCCCAAACAGGAACCCCAGACUUGUCCCCGCUGGGCCCUCUUCGCUCAGCGCGCUCUCUGCGGCCUGGCUAGGGGUCCUCCUAUUUCAAGGUGGCUUUUGUUUUUGUUUUGGAGGGUGUGUGGGGAGGGCUGAGCAAAGGGGGAACAGCUACAGGUGCAGGUGUGUUCGGAGAGGGUGCGUGGCCUGGAUCCUCCUGCUCCGUGCCCUACCCCCUCUCCGCAGUCCCCCAGCCCCCUUUUCAAAAGGCUGGGAACUCACGUGAAUUCAGAGGCUGCGACCGCAGCGCACGCUCUUGGGGCUCCUUUAGCUACACUCCUCCCGCCCGCCUGCGCUCAUGGAUGGCAGGGUAAUCCGAGAGUCUCUUCUGUGUCUCCCCAGAUCCCCUUUUAAAAAUUUUAAAUAUUCGCUCUAACAAAUAUAAAUUUAGGAUGUAUAAAUCUCUUGGCACUGAGUCGAGUCUUUGGGACACACAUAUAUAUCGAUAUCAAUUGUAAAAAAAAAGGAAACAAGUUCUAAGGUGCACUUUCCUCGUUGCGGUAUUUGUCGCUCUUUGUUGCUUAUGCCAAUAAGCAUGGGUUUCCUUGGUGCAGUGUGAGUUUUUAUAUAUGUAUAAAUCUAUAUAUAAUCUAUACAUAUAUAUAUACAAGCCAGUGUAUAAUGUUAUAAAAUGGAAUUCUAAGUUAUUAAUUGUAAUCUGUAGGUGACCUCGGUAUUAACGUGAAAAACAUUCAAAAACAAGACAAAAUUGAAAAAAAAAUUAGACUAUGCGCGCAUUGUACUUAUCAGGUUUAUAGAUUAAAUAUAUUGUAAACUCGGGACGAAUCCUGCCCACCUGCCCCUCAAGCCUGCGGCCGAUCUCUCCCUAAGGAGCCGUCAAGGUGCGCGCUGAAGCAGGAACAGAGCGACUGAGCCAGAACCGCCCGCUUGCGGGCCCAUCCUCGCCUCCUGGGACUCGCCAAACGCCCUGGCUGAAGGGCCGGCAGCAGAAGACGCUGCUGCAGAGCAGCACUUUGUGCUUUUCUUUGCAUAGAUAUGAGCUAGAAAUAAAUGUUAUUUUCUAAGAAAA